AUGGCAGCAAAUGCAACUGUGAACGCAACAAUGAUAAGUUCAUCUUGUGCAUUACUUCCAAAUAUCACAUACUCUGGUCAGACCAAGUACAAGUGCUUGAAUGGAGCUGGUCAUCUUCAAUUUAACUUUUCUGGUAACCCUGGUGUCAUCCUUAUGCUUUCUACGUUAUUGAACAUUGAGCCUUCCAUACAACAAGAGGUUGCUGUGCCAGUAACAUGGGAAGUUCAUAAUACUACAAACAUUUCUGUUAUUGAUCAAUAUAUUGUUGAAGUCUAUUUUGUGCAAUGCUCGCUUUUGGCUGUGACCACAGAAGCUGUGUUUGACAUGCAAACCAACAGUCUGCUGACUCCCAUCUCUGUGUUGCAACCAUCAAUGCAGUGGAAAUUAUGCAGUGGCCCCAGUGGACAUCUAAUGACUGGCAAACAAUUGGACAUGCUUUGGGAUAUCCAGUCAGUAGCGGGCUUAAAUCUUUCCACUGAGUACUCUGUAUAUCAAUACGAUGGUCAUCCCUUGUCCACUUUCACAUUUAGCCCAGAUAUGCUAGAGGCUGCCAUUGUGCAGGAUUGGUCUAAUACAUCAUAUCCAACAGCCCAUAGUCCACCUAUGAUGCAUAGUAAGUGA